CGCUAUCCACUUUUUAUUCCAUCGAUCCAUAUUCCCUGUGAUCUGAAAUCAGACCUUACAAUGGUUCGAUCAAUCGGCUUGCUAUCGCAUUCAACGAAUCAGCUUCGUAAUAGGACAACUCCAGCUUCAUUUUGUCAUGUUGCUUUUGGGCUCAAGUCUUCCAUCCCCCUCAAGCGAAGUCUAUCUACAACGCUAGAGAAAAACCGUGCUGUUGCCUACGUUCAGUCAAUCGAAGACCAGAUCCUUGAUGCGGCUUUACCUUUUGUGCCUCAGACGGGCUUCACGAUCGCGAGCUUGAUGGCGGGCAUCCACUCCACUCCGACGCUAGCUCAACUGUCCAUUCAACCCCACACCCUUACUGGCAUUUUCCCGGGUGGCACUAAACUUGUUAAGCAGCGAUCAAGUGAGCCGAUCGGACCUAUCAAGGCUUUAGCGAGUCGUUGGCUCGAACAAGGAAAUGUCCUCAUGAAGCAAACACUGUUAGACAAAUGCAUCACCUUGGAGAAACAUGGAAUCGAAGGCGUCAGGAUUGCGUUUGAAUCGCGCCUCAAGUACAAUCACACUGUCUCUCGCGACGAUUUGUUACAGUGUUUACUGUUGACGGUGACACCGGCUGAGCCGUUCUUCGGCAUUCCUUUACCAUUCGAACCGCCCCAUAUCCUCCCAUACGGUUCGCAUGCAUUGGACGUGUCUGCAGCAGCCUUGAGUGGCUUGAAGGACUAUUCUCUCUCUCGAGAAUGGAUGCUACGCCGGAUCAGGAUGGCCGGUGUUUAUAGUGUCAUUGAGCUCAGCACACUUAUGAAUGAGGCAUCCGAGCCCACAUGGAUUGUAGAUGAUCGCCUGAGGUCGCUUCUGGCUGCCUCCGAAUCAGCCUCCAUGGGCAUGGCAGAUACGGUCGAGUUCAUCAACUAUGUGUUUCGAUCGAGUCGAGCCAUCGCUAAUAGCAUGGGGAUCCUUUGAUCAUGGACUCUCAGUGUCCUCCAGCCCACCGGGACUGUAUCUUCAAAUCUUCCUUGUACCACAAAAUGUCUAUACAGAUGCGCAAUUUUUCUGAAUUGUAAAUUACACUACACCUCAUUUAUUCAGUUUAGCUCAGCUUUCAAGGGACUAGAGAACACGCGGGCAUGCCCGCAACAGGUAAAAUUUCUAUAAACCUAAUUACUUAAAUCAAGAACUUUUAUAUCAAUUACUACCGGUUCUUCACUCUGUCAACAUCUAUCAUUUGUGCAAACCUCAAUUUGGUUGCCAGGUCCGCUUUGUUCCCCAAAUUGUGUUGAAGCACAAACAGCAGGUAAUACAAAACAAUGUACCAUCCCACAGC